ACGAGGAGUCGUAAUAUUGAACGACCUGGACUGCCUACGCUCAAGGAAUCGCUGAGCACUUAAUAUUUAGAACAAAAAUAUAAAAUCUCAGCAUAAUUAUACUUAAUAUCUGGCGAAUGUAUAAUUAAGGAAAAUCUGACGAAAAGAUAAAGAUUUUUAAUAGCAAAAAACAAAAAAUCUCCUGCCAAACAAAUAUUGCACGUGUGCCAGCUCCAGUGUAGCCUAUAAAUAUAACAUGAGUAGCAAGAUUGUGACUCCGCACAAAAAACAUUGACAAGUGUUGUUGAGUUGUUGGUACAUAAUCUCUCUAUCAUGACCAUUCUCAUUGAAACAACUGCUGAUCAUUCUCAGAAGAAUCAGGCUGUUGAUAUGCCUUUGGUUCAGAAAGCUGAGCAAUUGCCUGCUGAUCAUCUUCCUUUUGCUAGGAGUUAUCAACUGGAUGCCUUGGAAAUGGCAAAGGGACAGAAUACCAUUGUUUACUUGGAAACUGGAUCCGGCAAAACCCUGAUUGCUAUCAUGCUUCUGCGCAGCUAUGCUCACCUUUUGCGCAAGCCCUCGACUUUUCUUGCUGUUUUUCUCGUCCCCACUGUGGUGCUGGUUUCCCAACAAGCUGAGGUUGUGCAAAUGCACACCGACUUGAAAGUUGGAAGGUAUUGGGGAGAAAUGGGAGUGGAUUUUUGGAAUGCUGCUGACUGGAAGAAGCAGCAGGAUGAAUUUGAGGUGCUUGUGAUGACACCACAAAUAUUGCUUAAUGCCUUGAGGCACAGUUUUAUAAAGCUUGAGACAAUAAGGAUCCUAAUAUUUGAUGAGUGCCAUCAUGCUAGAAGGAGACACCCUUAUGCUUGCAUAAUGACGACUUGUCUCUCACUUAUGCGGUCUAUACCUAAAAACUAUGCUAAUUUUGAGUCCGCUAUAACUUUGAAUCAACUGAAAUUUAUCAUUUGGUCAAUGUGA